CUCAAAUAUAUGUGAAAAGCUUUGUCAUAGUAAGUGUAAAAUGAACUCUAUUGUCUGCUUUCAGAGUCCAGCCAUGGUACAGGUCUCUGUAGAUUCGCACGCAGAAGGUGGUGAGCCUGAAAACAAUGUAUCUGCUUCCAUAAUUGAGAAAGACCUGAGGAGCCCUUUGGUAAUGAGAUGGUUAAGGAAAUCUUCAGCGGUGAAAACAACAAGAAACCCUCCAGCUGUAAAAGCACCAAUAAGCCAGAGUCCAGCCAUGGUAGCUCUGUAGAUUCGCACACAGACUGUAAUGAUCCUGAAAACAAUGCAUCCACUUUCAUUAUUGAGAAAGGCCAAGAGCCCUUUAGUAAUGAGGUGGAUAAAAAACUCUUCAGGGGUGAAAGCAACAAGAAGCCCUCCAGCCCUGAAAGCACCAAUAAGCCAGAGUCCAGCCAUGGUAGCUCUGUAGAUUCGCACACAGACUGCAAUGAUCCUGAAAACAAUGCAUCCACUUUCAUUAUUGAGAAAGACCAGGAGCCCUUUGGCAAUGAGAUGGAUAAGGAUCUCUUCAGCGGUGAAAGCAACAAGAAGCCCUCCAGCCCUGAAAGCACCAAUAAGCCAGAGUCCAGCCAUGGUAGCUCUGUAGAUUCGCACACAGACUGCAAUGAUCCUGAAAACAAUGCAUCCACUUUCAUUAUUGAGAAAGACCAGAAGUCCCUAGGGCUUUGAUAUUUGUAAUGUAGCAUCAUCUAGAGGUCCUCUACCAGGAUUGUUAAAAUAAUGCCCCUAGGGUCAAAUAUGGACCUGCCCUUUGGGUCACAUGAUAUACAUAGACUUAUGUAGGGAAAAAGUUGAAAAUCUUCUUGUCCAAAACCACGGUUCCUAGGGUUUUGAUAUUUGGUAUGUAGCAUCAUAUAUAAAGGUUUUCUACCAAGAUUGUUCCAGAUGCUGCUACUCUCUUGUAUAUAUGUAAAAAGUGUAAGGAAAGUUCUUUUCAAUUAGAAUAGUAAUACAGUGACAGCAUUAGUAAUAGUGGAAAACUAAGACAAAUAUAGCUUUUUAUUCAUAUUAAAUGAUGAUAUGUUUACAUAUUGCAAUGCAGUAGUUUCGUUAAUUUCAGAUGUUCUUUCCUGCAAAAUUAGUACUUAUUCUGUACUCAGAAAUUUUUAACUUUUGAAAAUAAACAGGCAUGUCUUUUUAAUUGAUUUCAUGACUGAUCUUAUCUUAUCAGUUUUACAAUGCAAACUGAACUACUGAAAAUAUAAAACAAAACAAAUU